CAUUUACCCAUCACCUCUAGUCUCAGGCCACCGUGACUCCCUCUCCCUCACCUCUUCCUUCGGCAACCUCCCAUGCUUUCCCGACUAUACGCCAGUACCUCCUCGCCGGCCGAGCCCUCUGAUCGGGAUGUCCUCGGCGACCGACGCAUUUUUCUAGACACAGAAACCUACCGCCUAGUGUUUGCUGUUCCAGACUUGACCUGGGGACGCGUCGCACGCAUUGUUGAGCAAGCGGUAAAUCCAAUGUACAAGGGGUUGUAUGGGAUUUUCGAGCAUGACAUGGAGGAGGUGGCGCAGCUCUUCGCGGAUCUUGAGUUGCAAGCCAAAGAGAGGUUCGCAGGCAACCGUGCUGCUAUGAUCCUGAGCCGCGCAUGUGGCGUGCAGAACACGUGGUCGAGAUUUGAUCGACCCAAGCUCGACGUGGACGUGGACGUCACUUGGCACCAACAACAGAGGCCACAAAGUACAGACUCUUGCACUCAUUGGAUGAGUCUCCAAUCCCUCUUCUACGCGUACAUCCUCGGCGGCUUCACAUUUCUGCCCCUCGUCAUCGCUGGCGUCGUCUAUUACUCCAUCUACACCGCCGUCCCCGUAGGCGACCUUGAUGCACGCAAGAAGCUCCGUGGAGAGCUCGCUCAGAGGGUCCGGGAGGAGGACCCGGAUCCAGCCCCUGCCGCUGCCGCUGCUGCGCUCGACACCAAUGACAUGCCCAAGACACGCAAGGGCUGGCUGACCAUGCGACGCACGUUCGAGGAGUCCUCGCUCGACGGGAGCUACGUCACGCUGGUGCGCUCGCUCCUGGAUGCGCGCUCGAAGGACCCGAAGAAGUCGCGCCCCAAGGACAUGUGGUACGUCGUGCUCAAGGGCAAGAUACUGUACCUGUAUGAAGACGAGGCGAUGACGGAGUGCGAGGCCGCGAUCGAGUUGGGGAGCCAUGAAGUCACUAUCUCGCCGGAGGGGCUCUUGGAUGGGGAGCUGUUUGCGAAGCGGAAUGCGAUCUGUUUGCGGCCCAAGGGGCAGGGCGCGGAGAAGAGCGGGAUGCCCAGUGUUACCAAGGAGAUGCAGCUGGAGGGAAUCGAUGUGGAGGGCAAGAUCGCAGAGGCGGAUCUUGGGCCUCGGAAGGCGGAGAAGGAACGUGAUGUUUUGGAGGAGGAGAAUAAAGCCAAGGAUGCGGCGCGGGAGGAGGCUUUGGACGCGGCCACUCCGUGGUUUAUCUUCGUUCGGGACAACGUGCUCAUGGAGGAUUGGUAUCUGGCGCUCGUCCACGCAUCCGAUCAUCCGCCUCAGACGCCCUUGCUGGCACCUCUGCAACCAGUGUUCCAGGUUACGGAUAUGAACCAUCUAGUGAAUACGCUCGACGAACAGCCUGAUGUCAUUCCCAUGCGAUGGUUCAACGCGCUUCUCGGGCGGGUGCUCUUCAGUCACUAUAGGACACAGAAUCUGGAGGACUUUAUUCUCAGUCGGCUGAUGAAGAAAUUGUCCAAGGUCAAACGACCGACAUUUCUUACUGAUAUCGUGGUGACGGAGGUGUCGGUCGGCAACAAGGCCCCGACGUUCAGCAAGCCGAUGCUUAAAGAGCUAACCAAGGAGGGCGAUGCUUCGCUCGAGGUUCAUGUACUACACAAAGGCGAAUUUCGCAUCACCGUCGAGGCCACUGCGACGAUCAAUCUCGGCUCCCGAUUCAAGCCUUACACGGUCAAACUGGUCCUGGCGGUAGUGCUCAAAGAAAUUGAGGGCAAUUUGUUGGUUAAAGUCAAGCGUCCGCCGAGCAAUAGGAUUUGGUAUGCUUUCACGCAGACGCCGCGGAUGGUUUUGGAGGUGGAACCCAUUGUCAGCGACCGCCAGAUCACUUGGAGCAUGAUUACAAGCACGCUGGAAUCCAGUAUCAAGUCUGUCAUCCAAGAAUCGGUCGUGAUGCCUAACAUGGAUGAUGUCGCGUUCUUCGACAGUUUGCCUUAUUCCCACAGAGGAGGCAUUUGGGCAGAUGCGGCGCGCCGGGACAAACCCGCGUCAUCCAUGUCCGAACAACCGGAUGACGAAGACGGCUCUACGACUUCUGGUCCUGAAGUCGGUCUGCGCGAGACCCAGUCGGCGGCGGAACUUACUCAUGAACCCAUUGCUACACCACCGGAUACGGCUGAGACGCAUUCCUUGACUGAAGUGUCUUCCUCCCGGCCAACUAAACGGAAGAGCUGGUUCUCCACCACACGGAGCGAGGGAAUGCCGAACGUGGAAGAGGUUGAUGAUGUCACUCGAGGGCGUUCGGUGGAAGUGGACAAAAACCAGACGCAGCGAUCCAGGUCGACGCCUAAUGCUCCAUCAGACUCAACUGCGAGUGUGGACUCCGGGGAAGAGCCGCACCUUCGACCUCUAUCACAGCCCAUCCGCGGCCAUUCAAAGUCGAAUUCCGUUGACGAGUUCACUGAUUCGUCUUCUGCGUCUGUGGCCAGUGGCUCAAGUCCGAUGUCUUCAUCGUUGCUUUCGACCCUCAAGUCGCGUGACAAGCAGGCCAUCAGCAAUACGGCCAAGGAAACCAUCCGCAAGUGGAGUGCCAACUGGAGUGGAUUGAUGAAGGACAAGGACAAUCGCCCUGAGCAUGAAGAGAUGCCUGACCAUGGCUUGUUUGGCUCGCGGUCAAUGACAGAUAUGAGCAAUAUGGUUUCUCACAAGGCACGACAGAGCUAUGCCGAGGUCAGGGCUGCUGUGGCUGAGCGCCGUGGUAGAGGGAGAGAUCCAAGUCCCGUGCCUUCAAUACCGGAACCACGGGAUCGCGCAGCUACUCUCCAACCUAACGGCACCGAGACUGUGUCGACCAACUCCAUAGCGAGGGCUGCAACAGACGAAGGCACUGCGAAAAAGCCUUCGCCUUCCCCGUCACGGCUUUCGACUCUGGAGCUUCCACCGGCAGAGACGGGCUCUCCGUCGCCCAUAUUCGUCCAGCCGCAGGCCAUGAUGAUGACCAUACCGGGCAUUCACGCCAGUCACCGGGGUCAAGUCAUGUCCAUGGGGUACGUCGCACCCGAUCCUACGCCUCCGACGCCCGACACGCGUGUGCGGACCCCAGCCAUCUCAAGCGUUUAUCGGCUGUGGAAGAACCCCGCUUCGGAUCCGCCCUCUGCAUCUGAAGAAGCGGCGGCGGCUUUGGCUCCUCGACCGACACCGCCGCCCUUACCCCCUCGCUCACGACGGACGACUUCCGUGUCGAAUGUACUCCGUCCUGAAGCGGACGCUCCGCAACUGUCUAAUGCGGAGACUGCCCAGCCGUCGGCAUCAGAAGCGUUGCAGUCAAUCGCGGACAAGGACAAGGACAAGCGCGCGUCAAGAGAGUUGGUUGGGAACGGCUUUCCCCCGCCGUCGACCUCCCCGUCGUCUCGCCGGUCGACCUUGUCGUCCGCGGACGACCAGCCGGUGGGGGUCGCGAAUCCGGGCCCGCCGUUGCCUCCCCGCCGACCGCAGUGAGAAGCUAGUUCUCAUAUUUUUUGUAGUACUACCUGCGCGCUGGAAGUCACUUGUACAUUAUUUUGCAUAUAUGAUAAUAUUUGG